AUGUUCCGCAGCAUUAAGGUGUUCGUGCUCUGUCACGGUUUGCUGCAAUUCUCGCAACUGCUUUACAGCUCCUACUUCAAAAGCUCCCUCAGCACGGUGGAGAAGCGCUACGGCCUCAGCAGCUACUCCGCCGGAACUCUAUCCUCCCUGCACGAGGUGAGCAACUGCGUGUUGAUUGUUUUCCUGAGCUACUUCGGGAAUCGGGUGCACCGCCCUCGUGUCAUUGGCAUCGGCGGGUUAUUGAUGGCCAUUAGCGCCGUCAUGCUCGCGCUGCCUCACUUCCUGUCCAACCCGUACAAGCACGACUCUGUGAUACUGAAGCGUGAGGACAUUUGCGACGCACAGAGGAACUCCAGUGCUUUAGAGUCUUGCGGCCGUGACGAGAGCAGGCGAUUGGCCGACACGAACACUCUGUGGGUGCUCAUGGCCGCCGCCCAGCUGCUGUUCGGCGUGGGUUCCGUUCCCAUGCAGCCCUUCGGCAUCUCAUACAUAGAUGACUUCGCCGCGCCAGGGAACUCGCCACUCUACAUAGCCAUCUUAUUUGCCGUUUCCGUGUUCGGGCCCGCCUUUGGCUUCCUGUUGUGCUCAGUCAUGCUUCGCAUCAACGUGGACGUGGACAAAAUCGCUUCAGGAGCUCAGAGAGCGCUGAGUCCAGGCGACCCCCGCUGGGUAGGCGCCUGGUGGAUGGGCCUUCUCAUCACGUCGGUCUUCCUGGCACUCACUUCCCUGCCAUACUUCUUCUUCCCUCGCUCUAUACCGUCAGAGGGGCGGAUGAUUGGAAGGGAAUCCAGAGUGGACUUCAAGAAGCCUCGUGUCUCUUUGUACGACUUCUUAAAAAUGUUUCCCAAGAUGUUCUUCCACCUUCUAUUGAGUCCACUUUUCCUGGUCCUGAUCCUGGCCCAGUGCUGCUUCUCUUCAGUGAUCGCCGGCCUCUCCACUUUCCUCAACAAAUUCCUAGAGCGCCAGUACAGCGCAUCUGCUGCUUACAGCUCCAUGCUGGUCGGUGCGGUGAAUCUUCCGGCCGUGGCGGUGGGCAUGCUUGCGGGCGGCGUGGUCAUGAAGCGGACGGGAAUGUCGCUGAAAAACAUCCCUCGUUUCUCUGUACUCAUGUUGAGCAUCUCUACGCUGAUGUGUGUGCCGCUAUUUUUCAUGGGAUGCUCCACAAACAAAGUGGCUUACAACGGACAGCACAGUUCUCUAUCCACGUGCUACGCCAACUGCUCGUGCCCCUCGGGCGCCUUCAAACCUGUGUGCGGUUCUGAUGGAGUGGAGUACAUUUCUCCAUGUCAUGCUGGAUGCACCAACUUCACUAAAAGCCCAAACAACUCGCAUACCAUCCAGCUGUACACUAACUGCAAGUGCGUAUCAGGCAGCAAGAAUGAGGCGCUGCCGUCGCCGUGCCCUAACAAGUGCCCACACUUCUUGCUUCCGUUCAUCCUGGUGCUGUCGGCGGGGGCGUUAAUCGCAUGCCUCACACACAAUCCCAUGUACAUGAUGCUGCUCAGAAGUGUUGCGUCAGAAGAGAAGUCAUUUGCCAUUGGGGUUCAGUUUCUACUACUGAGGCUUUUGGCAUGGCUUCCGGCGCCGGCGCUGUUCGGCACAGCCAUCGACACGUCGUGCAUCUGGUGGAAGCACGUGUGCGGGAAGAAGUUCAGUUGUGGCUACUAUGACAAUGACGUCUUGAGGAACAGGUAUCUGGGCUUGGUAGUGGGCUACAAGGUGAUGGGCGUGGCACUACUGGCCAUCCUGGGCUGGAAAGUGUUGCGGACACAGGAAUACAGUCUAGAGAAGAGGCCUGAUGGCAUGCUAUAA